AUGGAUCGCACCCCGCAUUGGAUCGAUCACAUGAGAGAAGACACUGUCGCGAAGCCUUCAGACGAAGGGUACUGGAAAUCAGGGAACUCCUUACAAAGGCGUUACCAUGACAACGACGGAUAUGAAGAUGAAUUUGGGAAUUAUCACAGAACAGAGAAACACCGCCAUCACCAUCAUUAUAACACCCAUAAUUCCCUGGGUGUUGGCCCGGGACUCGCGGUGGCAAACGAGAUGUAUAAUACCUCGGCCAGUGACUCUUCGAUAAACAGCAGAAAGAAAUUGAAAUCCGGUGAAAGAUAUAAACAGAAAAGACUUGGUUUAGUGCUGUUGUUGUUAGUUGGAGCCUUACUUGUCGCGUUUGGAGUAGGACUAUUGGUCUACUUUCUGUUGAUGGACGCUCCUGGGUAUUACGGCACAAACGCGCACACUGCCAGUGCGUCGGUGCCUCUACUGAACCAGACGUGGCACCCGGAAAUGUCCAACGUGUCUUCUUCGCACUUCAAACAGAUAGCAGACCCAUUCUGUGCAGAGGUGGAUAAAUACUUUAUGAAUGCGGGCUACAUCUCCGAUAAAUAUCGGACCUGCAGUGUCAAAGCUCUAAGAGUAAAUCCAAAUCCUGUCGCCUGUAAAUGUUCGGGUAUACUGGGAACACAAAGUGGGAAGAGUGUGGUCGUGGAUUUCGACCUGUCGUUUUCGGGCCUAGUCACGGAAGGGGAGAUAAUGAGGACAUUACGAGACAAAACUAAAAAGAUAUUUAAGGAUGGUUUCCACGUGAUGUUGAUAAAAGACUUUAUCGUAGACAUCACGAAUAUGAAAGUGCCUGUACCACCGACACCUAUUCCAGACUACGGAGUCAUAGAUGCGGUGUUAAUAAACCUGACUGUGCGCGUGUACAACUUGACAUGGACAGAUGAUCUCGCCUUUAACUUUUCUAACGAGUAUCUCCGCCAUUCUCUGCCCUUCUGUGAUGAUAUCCAGAAAAUGUUCCACACCAGCCUCCUUAGUAGCCGGUAUUAUAAUUGUGAGGUACAAGGCUUUGGAAAUAAUCCUGUCACUGUGAACACCCAUGUGACAUUCAAAGGUAAACGGUAUCCAUUAAUGCAGAAUCACGUGAUACAGGUAAUCAAAGAUAAAGCCAAAAAGAUCCGAGUGAACGACAUUGAAUUGAGAAUGAUUGGAACACUUCUUAUUGAGCCUUUCGAUGGCGGCAGUGUUGAUGUGAUAGACGUAGGGAUCGAUCUCGGCCCAGCCUCCACUACUACAAUAAAACCUACCCCAAGCACUCCAUCACCUGACCAGACCAUGAUAGCAGAACUGACCGUAUAUCUGUACAACCUCACAUACGGCAAUGAUCUCAAAGAUAUGAAUUCAGCACGAGCAUCAUCCCUUGCCCGAGCAUUUUGUAAGAACCUGGAAACAUUUUAUGUACAAAGUGACCUGAAAACUUCCUUCCAAAUGUGUACCAUGACAGGAUUCCUACCACCAGAUGAGGGUAAAAGCUAUAGUAAGGGUCAGUUUUCACUGCUAUUUAAACAUCCUUGGGGAUUCAGUGUCGACCAGUUUAUAUCACUGAUUAAGGCAAAUGCUCCUGAGUUUAUAGUAGAUGACAGAGACACAGAAAAUGACAAGUUAAAGACUUACCUCGUCGGUGACCUUCUAGUCAUUCUAGAAGGUAUAGAGGUCAAAAUAGUAUGGCGAACAGAGGCGACUAUAAUGCCAACAAAAGGAGCCCAGUCCACAUUGACUACCUCCAUGAAGAUUGACACGAUGACGAAGACUGUCUAUGUCAGCGAGACCCCCAUGCUGACCAUGCCUGGCAACUCUGGUACAUCGACUGUCUACGUUGUGUACGAUGCCACCUAUGCCAACAUGACAUAUGGACUUUACGACUUUAAAUACACCGAUGAUCUUGCCAAUCCAAACUCCCAGCGCUACUACGAGCUUCAGUCUACAUUUUGUGAUCAGCUACGUCGUUAUUUCAAGUCUGCAAGCGUCUCCAAACAUCUACAACAAUGUCAGAUUGACAACUUUCAACGUUUUCCCAGCAAUGUCAACUUCCAUCUCACAUUUUCGGCACCAAAUGGAGAAUACAUACGAGAUGACAUCACACACGUAUUUAAGAAUGUUGCUCCUCAUGAAAUGAGGGAUGGGUUCGAUCUGGUGGAUAUUGGAGAACUGAAACUGAUAUGGGAUAGGUCUGACCUUGACCUCAAAGUCACAAAUUACACAGUGGACACAAAAACCAUCAAUAUCUCACCUACAGCAACCAACACCAUGUCUGCUACAACCACCAUUGUCUAUUCGGCGACGAAGGUGGAGUUAACAUGUAAUUUAUACAACAGAAGUCUACCUAUAGAGUACUCCGACCGCGCAACAUAUCCCUUCAAACAACAGGAAAAAAGUCUGUGUAGUGAUGUACGGAAGUAUUACAACAAUAGUGUUCUGAACUCCGAGUUCCUGGAAUGUUACAUUAUGAAUUUUGGCCUAAAGUCGACUCCUAAGACAAUAAAGUUCAGCAGUUACUUCAGUCAUGCCUUUACGCCCAGUUUGGCGGGUCUGUCUGUAGACAUCCUUCAGGUCAACGCUCCUAAGACAAAGAUCUUAGGAAAGGAUUACUUCCGUUUGGAUGAUUUACUCCUUGAAACAGGAAGCUGUAAGACUCACAUGAAGCCAUCCAAUUGGACAAUGGAGGAACAUUCGCAGCAUCCACACAUCUCUACCACACCAACUUUCCCUGUUGCUACAACUUCAUUGACUAUGAUACCAUGCCUACUGAACAGAUGUCAGCACGGUUCCACCUGUAUUCAGACUACACAACAAGGAAAGAGCAACUGUAUAUGUCCUCCGGGAUGGAAGGGAGCUUUCUGUGAAUAUGAUGUGGAUGAGUGUGAGGUAAACAUGUGCCAGAAUGGAGGUCAAUGUGAGAACACACCUGGAUCUUACUAUUGCAAAUGUCCUAUGGGCUGGACUGGCAAACACUGCCAAGAUGACCAGAAUGAGUGCAACAGUAUGAGUCCUUGUCUGUAUGAUGGUACUUGUGUCAAUACUCCCGGCUCCUACAUCUGUAUGUGUGUACCAGGCAGGACGGGCACUAAUUGUGAAUUUGAUGUGAAUGAGUGCAGACAGACUGACAUCUGUCAGAAUGGUGGAACAUGCGUCAACAUUCCGGGUUCAUUUUUCUGCUCUUGUGACCGAGGCUGGACUGGUGAUCUCUGUGAUGUUGAUAUAAAUGAAUGUACACUAAAUGUGUGUCAACAUAAUGCUAGCUGUCUCAAUACCCAGGGAUCAUUCCGGUGUGUCUGUCCUAACGGCUGGACAGGAAACUACUGUGAAUUAGACGUGUUUGAAUGUGUAGAAUAUCCAGGUAUUUGUGCUAAUGGGGCGACAUGUAUCAACACCCAGGGAGGAUAUAUGUGUCGAUGUCCUCAAGGCUGGAAGGGAGACAACUGUACCGUCGAUGAACUUGAAUGUGCCACGAGUCCCUGUUACAAUGGUGCUACUUGUGAGGAGGUGGGAGGUGGCUACAAGUGUGUGUGUCUUCCCGGUUAUACGGGUGUAAAUUGUCAGCUUGAUAUUAAUGAGUGUCACACAUUGACGGGCGUGUGUUCUAGUCGUGGAGAAUGCAUUAAUACAGACGGGGGCUAUAGUUGUAAAUGUAUUCCUGGCUGGACAGGGCCCAUCUGUGAACAUGAUGAUCUUGAGUGCCUUACUUUCCCGUGUCAGAACAACGCCACAUGUGUAGAAUUAGAAGGUUCUUACCGCUGUGACUGUCUGCAGGGUUUCAUGGGCACCAACUGUGAGACAGAUGUCCAGGAAUGUGCUACAAAUCCCUGCGCCAAUGGCGGUACAUGUUUCGAUACAUUUGGCUCGUUUUACUGCGAAUGUCUGGCAGGGUUCACUGGGAAAUAUUGUAGAGUUGAUAUACCGGAAUGUGACACUGCCCCUUGUCAGAAUGAAGGUACAUGUGUGAAUACGUUUGGCUCCUAUUACUGCACAUGUCCUUUAGGAUGGGUAGGACUUAACUGUUCGACAGGUGUAAACGAAUGUCUACAAUUUCCUUGUGCUAACGGAGCUACAUGUGAGGACAGCCCAGGUUCCUAUAUUUGCCAUUGCCCGCCAGGUUACCACGGGUCCAACUGUGAGAUAGAUGAUGAUGAGUGCUCCCUUAGAAAUCCCUGUCUGAAUGAUGCCCUAUGUAUCAACACUGUUGGUUCUUAUGUCUGUCAGUGCACGGAAGGCUGGAGUGGACCAUUAUGUGCAGGAGAUGUGGAUGAGUGCGUGAUAAACCCAUGUGAUAACAAUGGUACUUGUGUUAAUUCACCGGGAUCCUUCACUUGUCAAUGUGAUCCAGGAUGGACUGGUCAACGCUGUCGUAUAGAUAUCAACGAAUGCAAUUUGCAGAUGUGUCAGAACGGAGGAACAUGCAUCAACUCGGCAGGCUCUUACCGGUGUGCAUGUCCUCUUGGUUAUUUUGGACGUCACUGCAGCCAAGAGAUUGACGAGUGUGGACGUAAGCCAUGCGCCAAUGGCGCGGUCUGUAUCAAUACUCCUGGGUCCUACUACUGCAAUUGUAAAACAGGGUGGACAGGCCAGAACUGUUCUAAGGACGUGAACGAGUGUGUUGCUCUGGCAGAACCCUGUCUGUUUGGAGGAAGUUGUGACAACACCAAUGGAUCGUACGACUGUUUUUGUCAACCUGGUCGAGGAGGCCCCACAUGUGGUGAUGAUACUGACGAGUGUGCACUUUUUGCACCAUGCAUGAACGGUGCUACCUGUGUAAACACGGAGGGUGCUUAUACCUGUAUUUGUUCCAAGGGUUGGGCUGGUCAAAAUUGUGACGUAGAUGAGGACGAAUGUCAGAUGAAUCCCUGUCGCCAUGGUGGUACGUGUAUGAAUCUGAUUGGCUCUUAUCGCUGUGACUGUCCUGUAGGAUGGACUGGUAACCUAUGUGAAAGAGAUCUAAAUGAGUGCGAGUCAUCGAUCGUGUGUAUGAAUGGAGGCACGUGCAUCAACAAUCCUGGAUCCUACACGUGCCGUUGUCCUGCGGGCUGGACAGGAACAACGUGUGAACAAGAUUUCAACGAAUGUGGAUUCCAGAAUCCAUGCCUCAAUGGUGCUACCUGCAACAAUAUCAAUGGGUCCUUUGUAUGUAACUGUAUGGGCGGCUGGACAGGACAGGUUUGCGGAGAGGAUAUGAACGAAUGUCGAGAGUUGAUCGCCCCAUGCUCUAAUGGAGGGACGUGUCGAAAUACACCUGGAUCUUACUACUGUGUCUGUCCCCCAGGCAGGACCGGCAAGCUCUGCAAAGAAGAUAUCAAUGAGUGUCUUCAGUUCCCUUGUUUAAAUGCGGCAACAUGUGUUGAUAUGGCUGGCUCAUAUCGAUGUGAAUGUUCCCAGGGAUUUACCGGAAGUAACUGUCACUUAGAUAUUGACGAAUGUUUGACCAUGAAUCCCUGUCAGCAUGGUGGUAGCUGUAUCAACCUCUUUGGUUCCUAUACCUGUCAGUGUCCACUAGGCUGGACAGGGGUCAACUGUGAAAAUGAUGUGGAUGAGUGCUCCGUGAUGAUCUUACCGUGUCGUAACGGUGGACAAUGUAUCAACACUGUUGGCUCCUACAACUGUCAGUGUGUGACUGGAUGGACAGGUCCUGACUGCAGCCAAGAUCUCGACGAAUGUUCACUAAACCAACCCUGUCUGCACAAUGGCCAGUGUGUCAACACUGAUGGCUCGUAUGCAUGUCAGUGUACCAUGGGUUGGACAGGCAAAGAUUGUAAAGACAAUAAGAAUGAGUGUCUGUACGACCCGUGCAGGAAUGGUGGAACCUGUCAAGAUCUUGAUGGCACCUUCAUGUGUACCUGUAAAUACGGUUGGACGGGGCCAGAAUGUGAAAAUGAUUUUAACGAGUGCAACAUGAUACCCUGCUACAACAAUGCGACCUGUAUAAACACGAGGGGAUCAUUCACCUGUGUUUGUCCAGUAGGAUGGACAGGAAGUCUGUGUAAUAUUGACUGGGAUGAGUGUCAGUUUAAUCCUUGUCUCCACAAUGCCACCUGUCUGAACACUGUCGGAGGAUAUCAGUGCUUCUGUCCUCUGGGCUGGACUGGUGAUCGUUGUGAGAAUGAUGUAAAUGAGUGUGAAGGAGUUAGCCCCUGUAUAAAUGGCGGUACAUGUAUCAACUCGUACGGAUCCUACUACUGUCGCUGUCCUUCUGGCUGGGAGGGCAUCAACUGUAUGACAGACACGGACGAAUGUUUGACUAUACCAUGCCUGAAUAACGGUAGCUGCAUCAAUACAGCCGGUUCCUAUCAGUGUCGGUGUCCUCUCGGCUGGGAAGGCAAAGACUGUCGACAAGAUGUAAAUGAGUGUUAUUCCAACCCAUGUCUCCAUGACGGAUCCUGUAUCAACACAGUAGGCAGCUUCAUGUGUUACUGCCCAGAAGGAUGGAAUGGGCCUAUUUGUUCUAAUGACACCAACGAGUGUAGACCAGGAUUUGAUCCCUGUCAGAAUGGCGCCCAGUGUCGUAACCUUGAGGGAUCCUACAUUUGUGAUUGUACCCGAGGAUGGAUUGGAAAGAACUGUCAGGAAGAUGAGGAUGAGUGUCAGAAAGUGCAAUGUUUCAAUGGCGGUAUUUGUAUCAACACCAAUGGUUCUUACACGUGCCGCUGUCAAACUGGUUGGAGCGGGGAUACCUGCUUAGAUGAUAUUAACGAAUGUAUAGAAGACCCGUGUUAUAACAACGCCACAUGUGUGAACACUCCUGGGUCUUACCGUUGUACUUGUGCUAAUGGCUUCUAUGGACCUACAUGUCUGAUUGACGAGGACGAAUGUAGGAGAAACCCAUGCAGGAAUGGAGCAACAUGUGUGGACCAUCCCGGGUACUACACAUGUGUUUGUCCUAAAGGUUGGCAGGGACCCAACUGUGAACAAGACAAAGACGAAUGCGUAAGCGAUCCAUGUUUGAAUGGAGGGACAUGUGAUAACUUACCUGGAUCAUACGACUGUGUCUGUGCUGAGGGAUGGACUGGAAAGAACUGUGAAGGAGACAAAGACGAAUGCAGCAAGAUCCAAUGCCAGAAUGGAGGGCAGUGUGUCAACAUCAUGGGGUCAUAUCGCUGUAACUGUACAGAUGGCUGGCUCGGACAGUACUGUGGUAUCAAUGUAGACGAGUGUUUGUUAUCUCCCUCUGUCUGUAUGAAUGGCGCCACCUGUCAGGAUAAACAAGGCGGAUUUAACUGUAUUUGUGAUAUUGGUUAUAAAGGAGCUUACUGUGAAAUAAAUAUAAAUGAAUGCCUUGAGGGUGCCUACCCCUGCCACAACGGAGCGACUUGUGUAGAUAAUGAAGGGGGAUACCGGUGUAUCUGUCCGACACAGUGGUCUGGCCCGCAGUGCAACAACGACACGGACGAGUGUUCCCAAAAACCAUGUGCCCAUGGAGGAAAUUGUAUUAAUACUGAAGGAGGCUUCCUAUGCGAGUGUCCUGUAGGAUGGAGAGGCCCGCUUUGUAAGGAUGACGAUAACGAGUGUAACAAGGUUCCAUGUUUGAAUGGCGGGACCUGUACGAACACUAUUGGUUCAUUCCGGUGUCAAUGUGCCAAGGGCUGGCAGGGACCUGUAUGUGAUAGAGAUGUCAAUGAGUGUAUCCAGAUGCCCUGUAUGCAUGGUGGGACUUGUCAGAACACUGUAGGUUCCUACAAAUGUCUUUGUUCUGCCCAAUGGAGUGGUCAGAACUGUGAAGUUGAUAUUGAUGAAUGCCGAAACAUUCCGUGUCAGAACAACGCUUCCUGUACCAACCUGGACGGAUCCUAUCAAUGUAACUGUCUGCCUGGUUUCUAUGGUACCUAUUGUGAAAAUGAUGAAAAUGAAUGUGAGAUCCGUGCUCCUUGCUUGAACGGUGGAACCUGCCAGAACACGGUUGGGUCAUUCCGGUGUAUAUGUCCUGUUGGCUGGUAUGGACCGACUUGUAAUCUAGACAAGAAUGAGUGUGACACACGUCCAUGUCAACAUGAUAGCACCUGUAUCAACAACGACGGGUCUUACACGUGUCUGUGUAGAAUGGGGUGGUAUGGUCCAGACUGUUCACUAGACAAAAAUGAAUGUGAUCAGAGGCCAUGCAAAAAUGACGGCAAAUGCACCAACACUGGUGGUUCUUUCUACUGCGACUGUGCAAGAGGCUGGACAGGAAGCACAUGUACAGAAGACGUGGAUGAGUGUAUCAACAAUCCUUGUUUCUAUGGUGGUUCCUGUAUUAACACACCAGGAUCCUAUCUCUGUCAGUGUUUGCCGGGGAGAGAAGGACCCAACUGCAGAAACGAUACAAAUGAGUGUCUCACCAUACCAUGCAUGAACAAAGGCCAAUGUAUCAACACUGAUGGAUCCUAUCUGUGUCGAUGUGGUAACAACUGGAAAGGCAAGAAUUGUGAAAUAGACGUUAAUGAGUGUACAGAGACGGAUUACAGUGUGUGUAUAAACGGGGGCACCUGUAUCAAUCUGGCCGGCAACUACACGUGUCAGUGUCCUCAGGGAUGGUCUGGUCAGAGCUGUAACAUUGAUGUUAACGAGUGUGUUAAUAACCCGUGCUACAAUAACGCCACCUGCCGCAAUCUUGAUGGGUCGUACAUAUGUCAAUGUGCAUCUGGUUGGACAGGACAGAACUGCCAAAUCGAUGAAAACGAAUGUCAGUUUAACCCAUGUGAGAACGGAGGCUCGUGCUUUAACAGGCCCGGGUAUUAUGAAUGCACAUGUGCUCCUGGCUGGGAAGGCAAGAAUUGUCAAAUAGAUGUGAACGAGUGCUUGACGAUGCCCUGUCUGAAUGGAGCGUCAUGUAUCAACAGUGCUGGCUCAUUCUCUUGCCAAUGCCCCACAGGCUGGCAGGGAGAUAGAUGUGAAACAGACGUGGAUGAAUGUUUACGUUUCCCAUGCCAAAAUGGCGGCACCUGUAGAAACUUACCUGGAUCCUUCAAAUGUGACUGUACCAACGGCUGGUAUGGGGAUGAGUGUCUUAAGGGUAAGUCAGCCAUUCAGGAAUCAAAUGUGACUGUACCAACGGCUGAUAUCGAUGAAUGUAAGAACAUUACUUGUCAAAACAAUGGUCGCUGUAUCAACACGCCGGGCUCUGUGCAGUGUCUGUGUAGUAAUGGCUGGACUGGAAAAUUCUGCGACGUUGAUAUCAACGAGUGUAAUGUGAUGUCAUGUCUAAACGGUGGCACGUGCUUAAACACAGCUGGAAGUUAUAAAUGUGUUUGUCCUCCUGGUUACACUGGUGAAGUCUGUAACCUAGACCGAAACGAGUGUAUGCUUUACCCGGGUAUCUGUCAAAAUGGGGCACUCUGUGUGAAUACCAUUGGUACCUAUACCUGUCGUUGUCUGAUUGGCUGGACCGGAACCAACUGUACCGAAGAUGAGAACGAGUGUCUACAAGACCCAUGCCUUAAUGGUGGUACCUGUAAUAACCUACCUGGUACUUUUGAUUGCAUUUGUCCACAAAACUGGGAAGGGCAGAGAUGUGAACUAGACUAUAAUGAAUGUUCCGAAGCUGGUAUCUGUCAGAACGGCGGUCUUUGCAUCAAUAUCCAAGGAUCCUACACCUGUCAGUGUCGAACUGGAUGGACAGGAAAUAACUGUGAAAUAGAUGUGGAUGAAUGUUUGAUGGGACCCUGCCUUAAUGGUGGUACUUGCCAGAACACACUUGGGUCUUACUCUUGUCUGUGUGAGCCGGGAUACAGGGGAGACAAUUGUGAGAUAGAUGUGAACGAGUGUUUGACCGCCCCAUGCCAGUUUGGAGGUACAUGUAUCAACACUGUUGGCUCCUAUUUAUGUCAGUGUCCCCCAGGUCGUUCAGGCCUCAACUGUGUCGGAGAUGUAGACGACUGUUUAUCGAGACCAUGUCAGAACGGUGCGACAUGUGUCAAUGAGAUAGGAUCGUACAGCUGUAUGUGUCUCACUGGUUUUACUGGUCAACAGUGCGAAAGUGAUAUCAACGAGUGUUCACAGUCGCCUUGUCUAAAUGGUGGAACAUGUAUUAACAGUGUGGGGUCGUAUUCAUGUCGCUGUCCGGCAGGAUGGACAGGUGACAGGUGUGAAAUCGAUGUGGACGAAUGCUUGACUAGUCCAUGUCGGUUUGGCGGUACCUGUAUUAACCAGCCAGGAUCUUACUUAUGUAUCUGUCCAGCCGGACGUACCGGACAGAACUGUAUGGGAGAUAUCAAUGAAUGUCUACAGAACCCAUGUUUGAACGACGGAAGCUGUAUCAACAAUUUCGGUUCCUACUCCUGCUUCUGCCCUGUGUUUUACACUGGAGAGGACUGUGAAAUUGCUAUCGAGACGAUCGUAGACUAUUCAUACCCAGUCCUCAAUCUAACCUACACCCCAGCUCUUGGGAAUAACAACUCCUUCGAGUUUCAAAGGCAUGCUCAAUCCUUUUGUAAUGAGAUUGAAGUGAUGCUGAAAGGAAAUCCUGCACAGUUUCCAAACUUUAAAGAAUGCAAAGUUAAAUCAUUCGGAAACAACCCUGUGUCAAUCGCCUGGGAUCUGGUAUUCCGAGGAAAUGAGCCGGGUACGACUCGCGAUGAUGUUUGGACAUACAUCAUGCAAGGCCAAACUCCAGUGGUGUUUGGUGACUCUCUCGGAGUAGAAAUUGGUGAUAUCUUCCUUUUCUUCGACAACUACACAACAACUGGUGUUAAUCUUGACCUCCGACUGUUAAACCUUACAUAUUCUCAAAACCUGGCCAAUCCGAACUCGUUUGAAUUCAAAAUGGCAGCCAGGAGUAUAUGUGAUGAUAUUGACAUGUUCAUGAGGCGGCAUCCGUUCGAUUUCCCGCAAUACGUCAAGUGCAAUGUUCGCAGGUUCUCAAACAAUCCUGUGAGAGCCAGUGUUGACCUGACGUUUGAAGGUGAAAGACCUUCACAAGAACUCAAUGCCUUGUUUUACGAGAUUUUAUUACGUGAGCGACCUCUGAUCCGGUUCGGUAAUUACCUCGGAUACAACAUUGGAGACUACAUGGUGUACUACCAAGACUACACAGACUUCACGCGAGUACCUCUCACUUUCCGGAUUCUCAACCGAACCUGGACCUCCGACCUCGCUGACUCCAACUCUUUUGCAUUUAAGGGUCAUGCAGAAUUGUUCUGUCGCGAUAUUGAAAGGCUGAUUAAGAUGCAUCCAAGUUUAUUUCCAACUUAUGAGUCAUGUGCAAUUGAGUCUUUCGGACAGAACCCUGUCACCAUAACAGCUGUUCUUCAAUUCGGCGGAACCUUGUCGGUACCGAAUUAUCAACAGAAUGUGGCAGGAAUAGUUUUCGAGGACGCCCCCCGUUUCCGAUAUUUUGACGCCAUCGGCCACCUGGUGGGAGAUCUGCUGGUUUACUAUGACAGCUGGGAGUACAUCUUACACGAUGCUUGGUUGUCAAACUCCACAUUUUACAUCCAUAAGUUCGGAUACUCAAAUGACUACAAUAAUCCACAGUCGGAGCUCUUCCAAAACUUCCAGAAUGUGUUCUGUGAUGACAUUGAUAAUUAUUUCCGGCAAAGUUCUUUACGAGACAGAUAUUACCGAUGUUUCAUUGACAAUAUUGGUGUGACGGACCCACACACUCUCACGUUUAAGACCGUGUUUAAUGGUACAGCGGAGAUUCCACAGAGUCUUCUUCUGAAGACUAUAAGUGACCAGGCACAACACUUCCUCAUUGAGAAUAAGGAUAUGAUGUUUAUUGGUGACCAGCUUGUCUACCUCGGUGGGGGCUUGGAGAAUAUUGCCAUUAACAUCUCCGACUACCUCACCACUAUGAUACCACCGACCACGGAAAGUCCAGUAAACACCAUUGUGAACAUUUCGUUUGUAUUGCUGAACCUGACCUACACUGAACAACUAAAGAACAAAAACUCGGCAGAAUUCCUGGCUCUGUCUGGUCCAUUUUGUGAUUACCUGAAUAAUCUGUACCAAAACAGAGACAGAUUUGAACAGUACUAUCGUUGUAGUGUGGAAUCAUUCACAAAUUCUCCUGACAAAAUUAAUUUCCUGCUACAAUUCCGUGGUGAUCAAGAUCAGACAUUGAAGGACUUCAUAUUCGAUAUUCUGAUAGAGAACGCUCCCAGAACAACGGUUAAUGGCCAAAUUGCUAUUGUGGUUGGACCUUUAGCUGUAUUUGAGGAGUCCCUGAUCUUCCAGCAGCAAACAGUUUCAGCUGAAAGAACACCAGGGGGACCAUCAUCCAGCAAUCCAUGCAAGGGAAUCACAACGAUUGGUCAGGAUUACUUCAGUGGCCCCACGUGUAGAGAUUUCGUCGUUUGUAUGCUGGAAGAAUCUGUGCCCCUCAAUUGUCCCUCUGGAAUGUCCUUCAAUUCUGUCGAAAAAAAGUGUUCUCCAGAUCCCAACUACAUGACCACGCCCUCAACUCCGACUUCGGUAGGGAGCAUGACAACACCCCAAAUUUACACUGACCCGUGUAAACCUGGUCGACACAAUGAGUACUUCCCCGUCCCUGGGGAUUGUCAUAGCUUCUAUGUGUGUUCCUUUGGGUCAACAUACAUGUUUCCCUGUCCCGGAUCCACAGUGUUCUUUGUUAGCAAAAACAUAUGUGAUAAUAAUGAUGGAACGAUAAUAUGUUAG